GGCUAAACCAGGAACUGAAGUAGCUCUGUGCUGAGGAGGAAAAUGGAUCAAACAACGACUGAAAUCCCUCCAAAAAUAUUUAGUUGCCAGCUGUGUGGUUUAAGUAGCCCUUUUGUUUACUACGGCCAGAAACCGCCCAACACCAGAGCUAUUGUGUUGCUUGAGGAGUGUUUUGUGACCAAAGACCCCUUCAGCCCGGAGAGGGAGAAGUUCCUGGUUCUGGGAUCGACGUGCAGUCUGUGCAGCCUGUGUGUCUGUGUCGCAUCGGACUGCAGUCUCUUCUACACCAAGAGGUUCUGGUGCAUGCGGUGUGUGAACAAGCACUUGGACCAGUUCCCUCAUCAGAUUCAGGCUGAGCUUGCGAAGAAGAAGCAGCAGAGCUCCAAGGCCGCUGUCUCGUGACACAAGAGGUCCAGAAACACAAAGUACCUUCAACGUGUCUUGAAAACGUUCUCGAGAAACACUGAACAAAACUACCGAAGCAAAACAUCAGUCACGACUGAGGUCAUUGUAAUUUUUGGGGGGAAUUAGCAUCACCCUCCAUGGCAUCGCCAGUUCCUGCUCGAGGCUGGCGAAUCGGACUGCAGUGCCGCUGAGGAGUAUUUAUUUAUGUGACCUUUGUUCCAACGAAGUACUGGAAAAGUUUCAUAUUUUUUAUAAUUCACUCACUCACUUCAUUGCAUUUUUUUGUCUCACCAGUGUUCAUUAUUUAGUUAAAGAUGUACAGAGAUAAAAUUUGCACAAAUAUGUAAUUAUUUUUAUACUGCUAUAUUUUCUUAUUUUUAUAUGGGAAAGCAUGAAGAAGCUCUGAUUUUUUUAUUUUAUUUUUUUAACAUUUUUUAAAACUCUUUUCUCACAUACAGCCCAAACACAGUGACCGCAAAUGUUAAUUUAUUCUCACCAACAAAGGAACACUUGAAAGCAGGACAGAUGAGCGAUCAUAAACAGACACAGUGACAAACUACAGAAAAAGGCAAGAGAAAAAAAAAAUAUUUUAUCCACGUUUGUUUCCUGUAUCCUGGUUAAAUUAAAAACGACACGCAUCUGUAAUACAUCCGUUAGAUCCACUAUGAAGACAGACCUUUCUUACUCAGAUGCUCACGUAUAUCAUCCAUGUAUGACAUAAAAAGCAUAAAACAUGUUGAGAAACUCUUUAUUGUAUGGUUUAGGCAAGGAAUUACGAAGACAGAAGAAGUAAAGCUUCUCAGACGAGACCAGAGCGUUCAUGAAGGAUCACCCAGUGUUCUGCCACACUGGUUACAAGAUCAGAGGCGUGGUGGAUUUUGUGCAAGUUAGAUUUACUGAAGUGGUCUCUGUACACCACUUGUGGCUCGAUUAGAUUAAGUAAAGCACAUGAACAUAAAGCUUCUUCACCCGUCUGCCUCCAAACCCUCCUUGUUUAGACUCAUCUAACAGAUUGUGUGAUCACUCAAUAAAUCUCUCCCCCAGACUGGUAAAGUUUGUUUUAGUGAUUGGCUCAUACCUCUCAUUUACAAUCAGCAGAUGUUCUCUGGUUACGGUUUCGCUGGCAGGAUGUAUCAAACCACCUGUUUUUUUGCAGAAAUAUUAGUAAAAACAAUAAUAAAGCGAUUUCAUCUUCAGGUUCGUGUUUAUUUUGAUGGAUUAAAAUUCUCAGGCUGCCUUAAUCUUUCAAACCGUGAUGAAAACUCCUCCCCUGAAAGCAUUGGUUGUGACCUUAACAAAAUGUUCUUUUGCCUCAUUUCUCUCUUGCCCGCCUAAUGAGUGCGAUCCAGAUCUGCUCUCCCUCCAUGGAUCACGCUGUACCGAGCUGGGCGCAGUCCGCAGCAGCAUAAACACAUUAUGGAUUAAGUGCGAGCCCGGCGAUAACAUCGAUUACAGCAGAUGGCCUCGCUGCAUUUAUCAGGAGAUGUUUGAAUCUUUUCAGGGGUUAAUUGAAACAGCAUGGCCUCAAAGCAAGGCCCAGUGGGUUUUUUUUUUUUCCCCACUGGCAAACGCAGCAGA